AAUUUAAUUUUAGUUCUUUUCGGUUUUACUCGUGGCUUGAGAUCUAGAUUUUCAAAGAAUCGCAGGAGACGGACUCUAGAUUUUCCGUCGCACAAAUCAGAAUAGGAAGAAGGAAGCAAAACCCUAGGAUUUCCCAAACCCUAACCCCGAAAGCAAACCUUCAUUCCCAGCACCCGACAAUCAAGCCUAUUACAAACAGGAUAUCCGAUUUUACUGGGUAGUAAUGAGUAGUAACAGAGCUCGGAACUUUCGCCGGCGGGGCGACGACGAUGGAGAUGAGGAUGAUACAGAGGGUUCUACAGUGGCAAAACUCGCACCUGUCCCUUCUUCUACAAAACCUAAAAAGCCCCAAAGCUCAGCUCCGAAGAAGCUUCUUAGCUUUGCCGAUGACGAGGAGGAAGAAGGAGGAGCUCGUACCAUGUCUUCCAAGUCCACUUCCUCCUUCAAGAUCAAAGACAGAGAAAAAUCCUCUUCUCGUCUGAUGAAACCCAGUUCCUCGCACAAGAUGACCUCGGCUAAGGAACGCCUUGCUUCUGCUCCUCCCUCGACGGCUCCUUUACCUUCAAACGUACAGCCUCAAGCUGGAACAUACACCAAGGAGGCACUUCUCGAGCUCCAGAAGAACACGCGUACUCUUGCUGUGCCUUCCUCUCGCCCACAGCUCUUGUCCUCUGAGCCCAAAAUAAUUCUCAAGGGCCUGCUUAAGCCCCAGCAACAAGACUACACCACCAAACAGGCCCCGGGAUUGGACUCUGAAGAAGAAGACGAACAGCUCGAUGGUGUUAAAGAGAGAAAGGAGAGUUUGUUGAGGAGGGACAAGGAUGACGCACCUACAGGUACUGGAAAGGGGAGUGAGUUCUUUCCUGACCAGGCCACCAUAGAAGCAAUCAGGGCCAAGAGGGAGCGCAUGAGGAAAUCCGGAGUGGUUCCGGCUCCUGAUUAUAUAUCUUUGGAUGGAGGGACUAAUCAUACUGCCGUGGAGGGAUUAAGUGAUGACGAAGCAGAGUUUCAAGGGAGGUUCGUGGGUGAGAGGACCCAGACUGGGAAAAAGGGUGUGUUUGAGGAUGUCGAUGAGAGGGUAAUGGGCAAGGAUACCAAGUUGCGGCCUCUUUAUAAUGACGAUGAUGAUGAAGAUGAGGAAGAGAAGCUCUGGGAAGAGGAACAAUUUAAGAAGGGAUUGGGAAAGAGGAUGGAUGAUGGGCCGGUGAGGAUAACAAGUAAUAGUAGUGUUAGUGUAUCUAUGCUUCACACAGUCCAGCAACAGCAGAAGUACAUCUACCCAACUCCUGUAUAUGGUCCACAGCCGAAUCUUUCAGUUCCUCCGAGCAUUGGAGGAGCUGUAGGAGUAUCCAAUGGUUUGGAUGUGAUCUCAUUGUCACAACAAGCUGAGGUUGCCAGGAAAGCUUUGCACGAGAAUGUUAAGAGGCUUCAGGAAUCCCAUGGUAGAGCCAUUUCAUCGAUUACAAAGAUGGAUGAAAAUUUGUCAGCUUCUCAAUUGAAUGUUAUUGCACUUGAGAAAUCUCUAUCUGCUGCUGGUGAGAAGUACAUAUUUAUGCAAAAGCUUCGUGACUUUGUUUCUGUUAUAUGUGAAUUUUUGCAGGUAUGCCGAAAUCUAAUUUUGUUCUUUGUAUUACGUGCACCAAUAUCCAUGUUUAUAGGACUAUAGGUUUUCAGCAGCUUA